CUAAAGUUACAGCAGCGUUUCCCUGUCGGAACGUAAAUAUCAGCGUGCCAAGGAAAAAUGUGAGAAGGCUAAUCUUACAGCUAAUUAUGUGGUUAUCUAUUGUUUUUCACACUCUCCAUAUAUUGAUUACCGAUUACAUUUAAGGAAAAUGAGUGUUUCCUCCCCAGUUGAGCACCUGGGUUGGAGCUUCAGCCUCAAUAGGACAUGAAAUCCCUGAGUAUUCACUGGAUCUGCCUCCUCUUCCUCUCUGUGUGUCUGUUGCUAUGGUACAAUCAUGUGAUGAGGACUGGACUUGCCAGGAAAACAGGUCUCCAUGGUUACGUGAGGGUUCAUCCCAAGACUCGCUCAAGUUUGUAUUUGCUGGACGUCCGCUGCGGCCGCUGUGCCGUGGUGUCCAGUUCCGGGCAGAUGCUGGGCGGUGGACGGGGUCACGAGAUCGACCAGCAGGACUGUGUGAUCCGGAUGAACGCUGCGCCCACCGUGGGAUACGAGGCUGAUGUGGGGAACAGGACCAGCCUGCGUGUCGUCUCUCACACCAGCGUGCCACACCUGAUACGCCAGCAGGAAUACUUCUUCGGACGAGAGGCGGGAACUAGAUAUGUCGUUUGGGGCCCUGAGAAGAACAUGAGGCAGGAUGGAAAGGGGAAAAUCUUCAAUGCACUAGUGACGCUGGCCAAGAAGUACCCGCAUACACACAUCUACACCGUCACCAGAGAAAAGGUUCAGUACUGUGACAGUGUGUUUCAAAACGAAACAGGCAAAAACAGGAUGAAAUCCGGGGCUUUUCUCAGUACAGGGUUUUUUACUAUGAUUUUGGCUCUGGAGUUGUGUGACAGUGUUCUGGUUUACGGAAUGAUUGACGGCUCUUACUGCAGUCUCUCUAACCACUCGUUCGUGCCGUACCACUACUACGAGCCGUCCCGUCUGGAUGAGUGCCGGAUGUACCGCGUUCAUGAACACGCGAAGAGGGGCGGCCAUCGCUUCAUCACUGAGAAACUCAUUUACAGCCGCUGGGCCUCUCAGGGGAAACUACGGUUUGUUUACCCACCCUGGUCACCAUAGUAACAUCAGCAGGUGUAGGUCGGUCUUCAGCAAACAUCUCUCCUCGCAAUGUACAUACUCGUAUCAAAAAACACUGUGGUGCUUUUAGUGUGUAAAUCAGUUUGGCUUUUAAAUCAUGCUGCUUUUGUUUUUGUUUUAUAUGGUACUAUUUUAUUUCUUCUUAUUUCAUAGUAUUCAUAAUGAGCCUUUUGCAUUUUAAUAAUGUUUAUCAUUUUAUUGAGACUGAGAGUGUCACAAAUGUGAAUGUCAGUUUGUCUUUUGUAUGUUAGUCUGAUCUUUGAUAAACUGAACUAGCUAAACUCAUCUGUGUGAGAGGAUCUGGAUUCAUAGUGUGAAUUCAGGAUCAGGAAUAUUCAUGAUGGCAGUCAAAUGACAUUUAAUUCACAGUUCACAUAAUACCUCUUCUAUCAAACGUAAAUAAUCGAAUUAUUUCUACAUUGCAUUGAUCAUACAUGCAGAAUCAUGUCUGAAUGAAUCCAUGCAUUGAUCUGCUUGAACAAGAAUACUAGGUAGACUACUGAAGCUCGGUUAACAGUAGUUAGGAUAACUAAAUCCUUCAUGCUAGUCAUUUAUACAUUUGUAUUAAGUAUUAUUAAGUUAUCUAUUUAUUAGUAAGAAUCUUGCACAACACUGACACCAAUGUUUUUGUCAUUAACACUGUGAUUUCCUAAUAUUUCAGUCCUUUUCAAAUCAACCAAAUUUCAGAAACUUCCCUAGCUCAAAUUUUUGAUGCUGUUCAUAUUUGUUCUGAAGAAAGAGUGAUGAAAGGCAAAAUUUUAAAUGCCAUGGAUUAAUAUUUGUAAUAUGAGUAAUCCGAUAUUUUGUGGAGGGGGGUCAAAAUGACAAUUUUCACCUGAGUUUUGGAGCCAAAUUACAGGGGGGGAAAAUUAUUUUAGAGUGAUGGCAGCAUCAUGAUUUUAUUUUUACACAUAGAUUGGAAUUAUUAGUAAAAUCUGUUGUCUUUUAUUUCAUUUUAUGAAAAAAGCAGUUUUUAAUUUUUUUUUCUCAAGUUUGCAUGCGUUUAACUCAAGAAGUUGGAAUUGUGUGAUAUAAAGUCGGAAUUGUGAGUUAUAAAGUCAGAAUUGUGAGUUAUAAAGUCAGAAUUGCGAGUUAUAAAGUCGGAAUUGUGAAUUAUAAAGUCGGAAUUGUGAGAUAUAAAGUCG